AUGGUUGAUGAAAAUAAUCCCAUCAUGAAAGGAAUACCAGAAUUAACUUUACACACUCCUGUUAACGAGUUAAUGGUGCUUUGCGAAACUAAUGUAGACUUCAAGAACUUGAAAUACAACGGUUUCAAUUUCUCUGAAACCCUUGAACUUCAAGGUUGGAAAACCUUCUUUGAGAAACUAACUGGACCUAUGUAUCUAGUUUUGGUGAAGCGGUUUUGGGUGCAUGCCAUUGCUGAAAAGGAAACAAUAACUUCAUACGUCAUGAACAGGAAGAUUGUCAUAACUGAGAAAUACAUUGCUGAUUUAAUCUCUCACGAUGGAAAUGGCAAAAGAAUUCACAGUGCCAAGAUUAAUGAUAAAAGAGAAGUUGUUAUCUCUCAUGUCAUCUUUAAAGUUGGAACCGACUUUGAGGACGAUAAAGAUCCAAGUGCUAAGGACUUGACAAACAACAUGAGAGUUUGGUUCAAAAUAAUUAUUGGUUGCAUUCAUCACAGGCCUAGCACCAACAGUUCUGACUAUGUCAACACACGUCAUAAAUUCAUGUUGUUCUUUCUGGAUAAGGGUCUCAAGAUGGGACUUCCCUCCAUCUUGUUCAAGUUCAUGAGGGAUUCCGUCAGAGAAUCCAGAACUAGUGGAUCUUCUAAGAAGAACAAAAGCAAGUUCAUCCCUAAUAGAAGGUUGAUUUCUGACAUUCUUGUAGAAAAUGGUCUGGUAGAUGAUCUUCUGGUUAGUGGCUUGACCAAUGAACUUAUGAAGGAUGCUGGAAUGGUAUUCUGGGGGAAGAAUCUCAAGAGAAUGGGUCUCAUUUCUAGAGUUGUAAGGCCAUAUUUCAUUCCUUCUAAGGAUGAUAUCUAUGGAAUGAAAACUCUCGUAGAAAACUUUCAUAUCUUCACUCAGAUUGAUCCUCCAGAGGUUCUACUUUACUAUCUGGAAAGUUGUCAUAAGGAUGGAAUUGACUCAAUGGUGGAUCCCUUCAAUAUACCUGAAACCUAUCCAUAUGUUCAUGGAAAGAGGAAGAAGGAAUCCAUAGGAGAAGGAUCUUCAAGGCCUCAGAAGAAGAAGAAGAAGAAGAAAGUUGAUUUCCUUCUGGAUGAAGAUGAGGUGUCUCUCAGUGAGCUCUAG